AUGAUGAACAGAAAGAAAGUGGUACGGAUAGUCAAAAACAACGGAACCAUCCUCCUCGAAAUCUCGAAAAAAGAAAAAACAGACAAAAUAACAGACCUCGACCUCCACGGCCAGAGAAUGAUGAAGAAGAAAGUUCAUCUCAGAAACCAAAAAAUCAGCAAAGUCAACAAAAUCGACGCCCUAGAAAACCAAAACCAAGAAAUGAAGAAUCGAGGAAUGAAAACAAUUCUAGCUCCAAUAGAAAUCCAAAUAGUUCAUCGAGACCUAACAACGCUAAACAAAACCGUCAUCGGCCGAAAAAGUCGGAAACCCCUGCUCAAUCAGUUCAAAUGGAUCAAGCCUGAAUUCUAG